GAUUGCCGACCCGGACUGCCAAGCAGACAGUCAAUCCAUUUGGUGACUCCUCUGACUCAGAGGAUGAGGAGGAGCCACAGGAAGCCGAGGCGGUGGCGUUGGCGGCGGCGGAAGAGAAGGCGACUGCCCGACUGGAUAUGAUCCUAGACAGACGGGAAAGAGGGAAGGCGGAUGGGGGCAGCAAAGAAUCGCUAACCGGUGGCGUGCACACGCCUGCGGAGGAGGAGAGGCUAUCAAAGCGCGAAACCCCUCUUCACCUUGCUGCCCGUCUAUCUAUGCACAAAUUACUCUACUUAUAUAUCAAAGAAGGAGGACUGAAUGGCGUCAAAGCUCCCGAUUGGUUCAUCGUGAACGAGUCAGGUGACACCGUUUUCGGCCUGGUACUGACAAACUACGACUCAGGCCUCGCAGAGGACUUACUCUCAGCCGCACUGACGCAGUUGGCCAAGGGCAAAGCUGAUCAUAAUGGGGCCCCCUCCCCACGAGAUGUCUUUGACAAGGUGACGUCUGAAAUGAUAAAAAUCAGACCCGCUGCCUACGGCCUCCUUCAGCGUACCAUUGAGUCAGGC